GUUGAAAGUGACUGACUUUCUCUAAUACGAUAAAUCGAUUGUAACCAUGGAAUCCCCAUGUAAACAAAGAGGAAAAUCUUCAAACAAUAAUUGUGACGAAUUACAAUGAAAUUGAAAAUAUCUUCUCUUAAAGAACCAAAGCAUGUCGGAGUUGUGGUAAGCGUUAAUUGGAACAAUACCGAAGAUGUGUUUUCUUGUGGCGAUGAUCACAAACUUCUAAAAUGGAAUUUAGUAAACAGUGAAUGUAUACAGAUCACAACAUUUGCCGAAGACUUUUAUCCUACGGGCAUGAACUUGUUCCCGAAAAUAAACGUUGGUGGAAGUAAACACCAGCAUGAUGUCAUUUUAAUAUCGACAGCAGAUGGAAAAUUUCAUAUAGUGAACCAUAAUGGAAGGAUAGAGAAGAGCGUGAAUGCUCAUCAAGGUGCUUGUCUUACAUCUCAGUGGAGCCCAGACGGAGCUGGUUUAUUGACAGCUGGUGAAGAUGGUUUUGUCAAAGUAUGGUCUCGCAACGGCCUCUUGAGAACUACUAUUGUCCAGUCAGAUAUACCUUGCUAUAGUGCUGUUUGGAGCCCUGACAGCACUGCUAUUUUGUACACCAAAGGGAACUAUCUUAUCAUUAAACAACUGAAUUCAAAUUCUAAAAUCACUAAAUGGAAGGCGCAUGAAAAUUUAAUACUCUGUGUAGCAUGGAAUGCCAAUAAUAAUCUUAUUCUAUCUGGAUCUGAAGACGGGUACUCCAAGAUAUGGGAUACAUUUGGUCAGCAAAUAUCAGUUAGCGUUAAACAUGAUCAACCAAUAACAAGUGUAAGCUGGUCACCUGCUGGAGAUCUUUACGUCAUUGGAAGCUUCAAUCUAAUACGAUUGUGUAAUGCUAAUGGAUGGUCUCAUUGUUUGGAACGUCCGACCACUGGAAGCAUUUACAGUAUUGCAUGGUCUUCAGAAGGUACUCAAUUAGCAGCAGCCUGUGCCAACGGACAUGUCAUGUUUGCUCAUAUCAUCGACAGAGAAUACACAUGGAAGAAUUAUGCGUGUACCCAAACUGGACGUAAAGUGAUAUCCAUUAGAGACAUCAUAACCGAGCAGAACGAUCAACUUGAUUAUCCUGACCGAGUAAUUCAGAUUGCUUUAGGUUUCAAUCAUCUAGUUACAGCUACUGUGAAACAGUGUUUCAUACACAAGCUCAGCUCGUGGAAUACACCAAUAACAUUUGAUUUGAAAGAGGGAACUAUUACUAUGAUCUUGCUUUCAGAAAGAUGUCUGUGUGUGGUAGAAAGAGCUGGUCUGUCAGUAUACAGUUACAUGGGACGAUUGCUUGCAAGCCCUCGUUGGGGAGCGCGUCCCGAAGCUUUAGGCCGUGCUGCUAUAUCACUUGGACCUGAUGCUUUGGCUGCAAUCGACCAAGCUGACCGAAAACUUGUCCAUGUCUUUGAUUUACCAACUGGGCUCAUAGUCCGGAGCUCUACAGAUAAUACGGUGACAAAGUUGACACACAAGAUGACUGUAUCCACUAUUGCACUAAGCCAGUCUGGACCUAUAAAUGAAAGGCAACUGGCACUUCUUGAUUACAACAGAGACUUAUACGUGGUUACGGUAAAAGAAUCCAAGCCUAAAUUUAUGAAACUAGGUUCCCAAAUCCUAAGUAUUGCCUGGAGUAACGAAACUGAGCUGCUAGUGGGUUUAAGAGCAAAUAACAUCGUGGCAUGGUGUUGUUCUCGUGCCGCCACUCAGCCAGACUGGCUUGCUUUGACCACCCUUACCAAGGAAAUCACAGAUCUUGGGCGCAACCCUACUGUGGUGUGUGUUGAGGAUGGCAUUGUAAGAGUGUGUCGAGGCAACGGCUCGCUGUUACAUGUAUCAUUGGCGGCAUUCCCAGAAAAACUUCUAAAGCAUGUUGCAGCGAACAUGUGGGAUGCUGCUUUGCAGUUAUGCCGAACAGUCGAAGACGAGACAUUAUGGGCUUGCCUGGCGGUAUUGGCUUGGCAGCAUCAUCAACUAGCUGUUGCUGAAGAAGCGUUCGCCCUUAUUCAUCAGUACCAGCAAGUCUGCUACAUACAACAUUUAAGGAAUACUAUUCCUGAGAAAUUAACAUCUAGAGAAGCAAUAAAAGCAAACUGAAAAUGGAAAUACAUAUCUAGAUGUUACUUACAUAAUAAAAGUGCUU